UUUACCGGUCAUCACAAUGUAGACAUCUAUUUUGUGACGUUUACAGGUCGAUGUGCGGCAGGGUUUAAUAGUACCACCUGUUAUAACGGAGGAGUUCCGAAUCCCAGACAAUGCGAUGUGUGCCUUUGUCCAUACGGUUACGGUGGCAAGUUUUGUGAUCAACGGCCGGCCGGUUGUGGUGAACGACUCAAAGCGUCUGCUCAUUGGAAAACCAAGAAAUUCACUUUCAUGAAUACCUCUGUGGCUAACGACCAAGCGCACAUGAUGUGCAAUCAUUGGAUUGAGGCGCCGCUAGGUAAAUGGAUAGAAGUUCGAGUGAUAGGAGUACCAUCCAAUCUUUGCUACUAUGGUUGCUGCUACGGUGCCAUUGAACCCAAGGUUCAGAUGGAUAAAAUGGUCACAAACCCGAGAUAUUGUUGCGAGGAGCAGCUCAACAAAACUCUUGUAAGCAAGCUCAAUCCGACACCAGUCUUUUCAUACAGCGUUUUUCGCAAAUCAGUAUUCACAUUCCAGUACAGAUAUAAAUGA